GCAGCUCGAGUCAACCUUAGGCUGUAGGCUUCCACGACUCUCUAUGUCUGUUUGAUCGAAAUCUUAACGCUUUUUUGCUUCUGGAGUUGCAUCUCUGAAACUUGCUAGUGAAGGCUCGGUCUUCUUUGUGGUCGGAAGCCUUCGUUGUUGCUCAACUAUGGCCAGUCGAGGACGUCAUGGCGCCUCUCACAUAGACCGUACCUUACCACCUAACCCUGAGUUUCUCGAUUUUCCACGCACAGACGGGGACUCGACGAAAUGGAGAAAUGAUACGAAGAAGGUCGUGGACCACGAAGGACACGUGAACUAUCACCGCAUUAUCGAGGAUGACGAAGGCGCGUCCAUACACUGGCGCACGCAGAUUGGGCAGCAUGUGGCGGAGAGGAUUGGUUUACCACCGGACAAGAACUAUGUUUUUAGAAAGUGGCCGGAGGGUUACAAGUUCUAUGAUCAUAACAAGGGGAAGGAGUCUGCUCCUCGGCAUGAUCUCUAUCUAAUUGGCUCGAUUCAUGUCCCGCGCUUCCGCUCUAUCCCGGAGUUCAUCCCCCACGCAAUGUGGCUCAUGCAAGACGACACCAUGGACAGAAGUAACUGCUUCUGCAAAUACUGUGCGGGGACGCCUCAACGGAAAGUCACAGAAAGCCUCGGUCUGCGAUCAUCGAAUCCAACCCCAUCGGCCAUGCGUCCACUACGAGCCCCACCUAUACCGCGGGCCAGGAACCCUCGGCAGACUCCCCGUCAACCACAACCGCAUGUCGUUCGCACUGCACCUAGACCGCUCAAAGGGCGCAAAGAGAGGACGAGUGGGCCACAGGAACCGAUGGUCUCAGAACGAUAUGCCGACCUGCAGGUCAUGUACUCCGAGCUAGAGAUGCCGUUGAGGAGGUGGCAUAGGGACGACGAGCUUGUAUGGUUCCAGCUUCAUCCGCCAAUCUAUGGGCACGACUCUACGACGAGCAACAUCGUAUUUUGGCCUGGCCUGAUUCAAGAUACGAUCGUGCGUUCCGAAGUGGUCUCGGCCGGAGGCACGAACGAUGCACAACCCUCAGGUGCAGAUGUCGAGAUGAUGGACCUAACGCAGAAUAUCCCAGUCAAACACGAAGGCACGGAUCGGCUUGUGCAACGGCAAGGAAGUAAAUGGACUGUUCGUCAAAGCACGGUUUACAAGAUCAAGGCCGUUGGCACCAAUCAUACGUACCAUAUUCCGGACAAUGAUGUUUUGCCAUACACGGUCUACAUCCCGUCGAACGCGGUCCGAGACGCUCUCCAUACUGUUCCUAUCGAUCAACUCCUCAGCGAUCCAGCCAGCAUUCAAGCAUUCGAACCUCUUGCUCAAACCGCGCUCGCCGACACCGUUCUCGCUCGUGAUGCCAGAUUCCGUAUGGCGGCAGCUCCUUAUUGGUUCGCGCUCGAGAUCGCAAACAAUAUUGCAAAAACAUGGACGCCGACGGACGAAUGGACGUACAAGCCUCGCUUCUCUGGCCCUCGUCAUUCGACUGGAAAUACCCCGCACCCUUAUCCUUCAAUGCCCCCUACUGUCCCAAACAGCCCUGCUCCCGGGAAACAUAACUCCAUGUCACCUCCAACACAGAUGACGACUGCACAGAGUGCUCUGUUAGCUGCCGCUCUUGCAUCCCGAGCGAAUACCUCUCAUGCCUUUUCGCCUCCUAUACCGUCCGGUCUUUCCCAGGAGGACCACCUCACCGAUUCCGCAUCUGCGACCUCCCCUUCAUCUGGGCAGAUGCCUCCACUGCAAAUACCACAGAAGCAAACUCGCUACCAGGGACUCUGGUGGGGCGCUGAAAGGCUUUGGACGGACGAGCUAGUUCGGUUGAAACCUUCACGACGGCAGAUCUUACCGUUUGGAGGUGCAAACAUACUCCCGCCUUCGGGUCCUUCCCAGACAAAUCCGUCCAAUGGUGCGGGGGCCAUCGACAGAAGUAUAUUCAUGAUGCUACAAGCUGUGUUCGUAGCGGACCUUGUACGCGAGAACGGUGAGGUGAAAAAGGAAUGUAGGGCUAGCGGCAUGUUGUUCGAGCUCGCCGACGAAGAUUAUGUGGAACAGUUCUCCUUCAAUCACCCGGCUCAACCAUCGCAACAAGGCGGUUCAAAACCUCAAAACCCACCGUCCCUGAAUACUCCUCUUCGAACCAUUCCCGAUCCAUCCGCUCAAUACCCUCCAUUUCCUAAUCCAGCACCUACCGUUUCUGUCGGUGACACGAGCACUUCCAUAGUCGAAGCGAUGAACGUGGGUGCCGAUCCCUUGUCCUCAAUCCCCGGUCCUCCAGGCCACCCUCCAGACCCUUCUACCGGUCUUGAAUCGAACCGCGCUCCCCGAAGAAGCUCUUCACCGAAGAAAGAUACCUUUUCUUCAUCAAAAUCAGAUGGAUACUACUACCCCCUCCCUCCACCGCCACCAGGCUACAAGUUUCGACCGAUCCUCACCCCAGGCAGCGAAGUCGUCGUCCCUCUAACCUUCAUCAGCGGCCGCUACUAUCCUCAUCUGUUCGCACAUCCCGCCCUCCACCACGCCUUCGAUGAGUCAAGAAACGUCGUCAAAGCGAGGAACUUCGCACUACGUGCUUGGAGCGCUGGAAUGGGCGGGGCGAACGUCGGUGUCCAGAGGGCACAUGUACCUGAAUUGGAGAGACUGCUGAGCAUGGAGGGCUUGGUGCCUGAAUUCGACACGGGCGUGUAUCCGACGAAAUGGAAAGGUGGGAGGUCGGGGGCCGUGAAGGAGGUAGAAAAGGAGGCGGAGACGUUGUUGGUGCAGGCGAUUCAGGGCGCUGGCCCGACGGUGCCCAUGCAAAUGUAGUGGCGGUCGUACGCGGAGAGCGAUAUGGCCUCUGCGGCGGUUGUGAUCAUGGACCCUGACUUUCAUUCUUGGUGUUUAAGGUGGUGUUCUUUUUUGAGUAUCACAUUUCUUGACGAUACCGGGAGUCCACCUUUGUAUGAUACGAAUUAUUAAUCUUGGAACAUUCGUGUUCAUCUUCC